ACCCCCCAGGAAGCUGUGAUAGAAGAAGAAGACAUGUCCUUGGUCGAUGACGUCUUCUUUGACAUCAAGAGUCCCACAUUCUCCAUGUCUGCCCCAGAUUUUAUGAAGAAGACAGAACUGGAGACUGUCCCUGAAGCCAGAGAUGAGGUGGACGUAGGAAGGUCCACUCCUAAAAUUGUUCCAGGUCAGUGGCAUGCUGGUCAUCAUCCCCGCCAGGGUCUACCCUCCACCCCAGGGACAGCAGCGGUUGCUGUCCACCCCCUCAGUGGCGUUGGCAUGCGGAGGAUUGUGGGUGGGGUUAUGGAGAGAGCCUUGGAUAACUCUGAUCGCAGGCGUGUGGGAAUGGGGAUCAUUGGACGCAUUUUCAAGCGUAGCUUCAAGAGAGGUGGAGUGGAUGAAGACGUCAGGGAACAAAUAGAUAAAAUGCAUGAUCAUAGGCCGUUCUUCACAUUCUGGGUGACAUUUGUGCAGAUAGCAGUGUACAUAGUGUCUGUGUCAGUGUAUGGUAUAGCACCUGUAGGAUUCUCUGACACUCUCAUAUCAGAUGUGGUACUGACAUCCAAUUUAGCCUUAGAGAAAGUUGCAUACUAUGAGAAAGACAACAUGUGGAUAGGACCUAGACAAGCUGAUCUGAUUCAUCUUGGCGCUAAGUAUUCUCCCUGUAUGCGUCGCGACAGGAAUGUGAUUGCUGCACUAGAAACGGAUAAAAGUAGAGAACGGGAAACAGCAUGCUGUAUUAGAAAUGCGAGAGAAGAUGGAUGUGUGCAGAAACCUCGCCGGACUUGUUCUCCGUAUUUGUCAACAUGGUGGAAGUGGGGUGAAGACGGAAGAUUAGGCUUCAACAACCGCACAAAUGGCUCCGUCUGUGGCCAGGAUCCAGAGUUUUGCCUGACUCCAGCGUCUACUGAGCCGUACGUGUGGCCUGAUGAUAUCACAAAAUGGCCAUUAUGUGUCAGAACUGAACAAAAUCUAACCCAUGGCAAUGAAUCAGAAGUAAGUCUUUUCCACCCACACAUGACUUGCGAAAUACGUGGGCGGCCAUGUUGUAUUGGGAUCCAAGGAGAGUGUAUCAUCACCACCCCAGAGCACUGUGCGUUCAGGAAGGGAUAUUACCACAAAGAGGCUGCACUUUGUUCACAGGUAGAAAAUGUGAUGAAUCCCGGAUGA